UCUCCUUCCUCCGUUCAUUGUGAGUGGCAAGCUAAACGAUGCGAGCGCUCGUAGCUGUUGCCGCCGCCCAGUAGAGUUUCCCCGCCCGAGGACCAAGCACAACCACACUGACAAAGAGACCGUGUGAGCGCAAGAUACGAAGACAAGUCCUUUUUUUCAAACAAGUGUCAAACGUUGUCGUGGCGAAUUUUUUCAUGCUUUAACCAGUCAUCGGCAGAGCGCGAGCGAGAGAGGGAGAACGAGAGCGAGUCAGCCUAGAUAAGGAAGAAAUAGGGGGGAAAUAAUUGCUCGUAUAUUUCGGUCCUCGCCAACCGUUACUUUGGAUAUCAAGAAGAUCAGAGGUUGUGUAGCCAUGGGAUGUACACUGAGCGCCGAGGAGAGAGCGGCUUUGGACAGGAGCAAGGCUAUCGAGAAAAACCUCAAAGAAGAUGGAGUCACAGCCGCGAAAGACGUAAAACUACUCCUUCUCGGGGCUGGGGAGUCAGGAAAAAGUACCAUCGUGAAACAGAUGAAGAUUAUCCAUGAGGAUGGCUUCUCUGGAGAUGAUGUGAAGCAGUACAAGCCUGUGGUCUACAGCAACACAAUCCAGUCUCUGGCUGCCAUCGUCCGUGCCAUGGACACCCUUGGGCUGGAGUACGGAGACAAGGAGAGAAAAGCUGAUGCUAAGCUGGUGUGUGACGUGGUGAGUCGUAUGGAGGACACUGAGCCAUACUCUCCUGAGCUCCUGGGGGCUAUGAUCCACCUGUGGUCCGACUCCGGCAUCCAGGAGUGCUUCAGCCGCGCCCGAGAAUACCAGCUCAAUGACUCCGCCCAAUACUACCUAGACAGUUUAGACCGGAUCGGUGCUCCUGACUACCAGCCCACAGAGCAGGACAUUCUCAGAACCCGAGUCAAGACCACUGGCAUCGUAGAAACUCACUUUGUCUUCAAGAACCUGCACUUCAGGCUCUUUGAUGUGGGAGGACAGAGGUCGGAGAGGAAGAAAUGGAUCCACUGCUUUGAGGACGUGACAGCCAUUAUCUUCUGUGUGGCACUGAGUGGGUAUGACCAGGUGCUGCAUGAAGAUGAGACCACGAACCGCAUGCAUGAGUCUAUGAAGCUGUUCGACAGCAUCUGUAACAACAAAUGGUUCACAGACACCUCCAUCAUUCUAUUUCUCAACAAGAAGGACAUAUUCGAGCAGAAAAUUAAGAAAUCUCCCCUUAGUAUCUGCUUCUCGGAGUACACAGGCGCGGACACCUUCAUAGAGGCAGUGGCCCACAUUCAGUCUCAGUACGAGAGCAGGAACAAGUCCCUCCACAAGGAAGUGUAUGCUCACGUCACCUGUGCCACCGACACCAACAACAUCCAGUUUGUGUUUGACGCUGUCACCGACGUCAUCAUCGCCAACAACCUGCGUGGUUGUGGCCUGUAUUAACCCAGAGGAUAGACCCAAUGUGUCCCUGGAUUGACCCUUCUCCUCCACUUUUCCCUCACCCACAUAUCAAAUUAAUUCACCUUUUAGAUUUGUUCAAUAUUAAGACAUUUUAAUUCCGUUGCAUAAAGAGAGACAGCUGUUUUUUUUGCCUCAAGCAUUGAACACCAUUAGUCGAAGUGAAUACAGGAAAGACAGAUAAUCCUUGACUGGAACAAUUAGUUUAGUGUCAUAAAGAAUAUACAUUUUGACAAUCACUCACCUGCAAAACUGUUCAAGACAAUCUGGACAUCCAUGGUGAAUCACAUUUCCGAAAGAAAGAAUGCAGAUAUUAUAGACAUGCAUUUGAUACAUUUGUAGCAAAGUCAUGUUAGCGGUAGGUUAUUUCAGAAGAUAUGCUGUUUUACUAAAACACUAAGGCAGUUAUUGCUGUUGUGUAACCGUGUGUAAGUGGCAUUGGGUCACCACCAGAGAUAAACUAUCAUCUACAGGUUACAAGGAAAACUGCUCAUCUUUACCAACAAAGUAUCUAUUGUAAUUUGGCAUUUUGCUUAUUGAGUAAUAGUCAUCUGAUAUGAAAGGAAUUUGUGCCUGGACGGUUUUGUGAAACACUUUUAAAGUUGGAAUCGGAGUUGAUGAGUUGGGGAUUUGUUUGCGGCUAAUGGAAGAUGGUACUGUAUAAAUAAUGUGAAUUUUUGGGUGGAUUUUUUUUCUUCUGUUCUGCUUAUACAGUAUGUCAUGUAGGUUCUGAGAUUUUAGUCUUGGAAGGCUUUUUUGUUGUUGUCACUACAAGUUUUGUGAGAUUCAAUGAUUGGGUUUGAAAUGUGUAAGGUUUGAAAGUACAACCAAAUAUUUAAUUUACACUGCAGUGGCCUUACUGAAGGGUACAUUUUUACUAAACAGUGUAAUUGGUUAAGAAACGGAGACCAUUUAUAAUGCAAAUUGGUAGGAGUGACAAUCAACGUAGUCACUGCCUGAAGUUGAGUUAGAGCUGAUAGUUAGAGAUGUAGAAAUAUUCAACUGUCAUAUUUAGUCUAGAAUUUCCUGUUGCAGUUUAGGUGCCUCAGCAGUCUCAAUCAAGCACUUGGAGUUGUUUACCUUAUGGUGAUUGGCCUGGCUAUGUCAGUAGCUAUUUUAUCUUACUGGUGCCAAUGCCAUAUUUAAUGGGAGAGUCAAUAGGCUAAGGAGCAGGGAGUUUCUAAUGUGUGUGUUAGAGCAGAUAAGGUAGUAUCUGUUUGUGGUAUACUGUAAGAGAGAAGAUUAGGUAUCUGUGGAUUAAUUAUCCAGGAAACAGCUGUUCCAUUCCUCAUUACACAGACCCUCAGGGAGGACACCAAAUGUCACAACACCCUCCCCUGUUCUUCUGCCAAAUAAUGCCAAACCACUCUAAGAAGGGUCAAAACUUCUUGGUUUCUUGCCAAAUAAUAUGCCGCUUCCUAAAUCGGGGGGUGGUCUGAUACCACCCUCCUCGUUUAGCUGUACAAAAACCUGUACUCGUUUCUUGUCAUGGCUGUAGGAAUCUCCAUCUCUUAGAAAGUACUAAUUUGUCUGCUUCACAGCAUCACACCCAUGUAGGUGCCGGGUGAGUGGGGGUAGGGAAGAUGUUACCAUGAUGAUCGUUCUCAGCACCACGCCUGCCUUAGCUGGUAGGUGCAGCCUCGUGUGUCAGGAGACUCUGAUACUCUAGUCACUGCAGUGAUUCUAGGGGCUCUGUAAAAUAUUUGUUGACUGUACUGCUGUACACUAAAAUGUCAUUGCAGUAAGAUACUGUGUGUUGCUUCGGUAGAUGCACAGGACACGGGAGGCAAAGGCUGUGCCAACCCUCAGGCCAGUUAGUUCUCCACAACAGGACAUGAACUCUAAAUUGUCAUGAGCAGACAAGUUCUCAUUCUGUGCCAAAUCUGUUGAGACAGUGUUCAUGUGCUACAUUUGACAUUUUAUGAACAAUAAGAAGCAAUGGAGAAUGACUGCCCCCUCUCAUUGAAGCCACAGAAGUUCAAGGCCGACCGUGGUACUUUGUGGUGAAUCUUCAUGUAAAGAAACAUAUAUUUUUUAAGACAAUCUUGGUACCAAUAAUUGCUUCUAAUACACCAGAUGUAUGUCCUUGAACUGAUUAUUUUACAAUCGCACACAGAACAAGUUAUAAGUAUAAUUUAGUUGCUAUUUGCAGCCUGCAGUACCACGGUCAACCUUCUACUUAGUGAGAGGGGGCAACACUGAGCUAUCCUGCAAUGUCACUUCCUGGAGUAGCUCAAACUACGCAUGUCAUAUCUCCAUGAGAUGCCAUCUUAAUUAAUGGUGUCACAUGAUCAAUGGCUUUGUCCAUUCAUAUAUACAGUCAUUGAGUAUGUUUACAUGCACAGUAAUAAUUAGAUAUUAAACUGAUUAUGGCAGUAGGCAGAUUUUGCAAUAGUCAUGUAAACACCUUAUCUUAAUCGGUGUCAGGUCAAAAUCGAAGUAGGCAUAUGCUGAUUAAAACACCUGGUUUUCUGAGCAAUCUUUCGAAUGAUUAGGACAUGUAAACAUCUUAAUCGGCGCUCCAGCUGUGUAUUUGAUCUGUGCAUGUUCUAGCACCUGCCGAGCGAGCCUCCCUCUUCCGCGAAUGAAGUGAGCAGAACAACUGAAUGUAUGCGCCUUAGAAGUAGUUUUCAAAUGCAAACUUUUUAUGACUGAAAUCAGAAUAAAAUAUGUUUCCCAAAAAUGA